GGAAGUCCCUUUGCUUGCCGAACAUUGGCGGCUGAGUUUCACCCUCUCUCUCUCUCUCUUUCUCUCUCGCUCCUCCUCCGCUUGAGGAAGUGGGCAGCCAGAAGCAGGCAAGUGAAAUACAUUCUUCAAAAUAUAGAUAUAUUCUUGUGAAUGUGGGCUGGCGCCAAGCGCAUGCAAUCACCGGAUUGGGGCAUUUUUAAGUUUUGCUCCUCAGAGGAAAGAAAGAGACCCCGAAGCACUCCUUUGGCGCAAGAGAAACCGGCCCAAGACCUGCCCAGGAAGUGAUGCUCGGCCUAUAGUGUCCCCCCGCCGCCUUCCAAGAUGCUGCCCGGACUCCCGGAGGCCCUGAGCCGCCUGAGGGCGAACUCGCUCCGCAGCUGCUUCAGCCUGGCCGGGCCGGCCGAAUCCACCUUGGUGGCCGUCCCCUUUGAGGUGGACGAGGUCCGCAUCCUGAAGGUCUGCUUCUACAGCAACAGCUUCAACAUGGGCAAGAACUUCAAGCUGGUCAAGUGCACCGUCCUGACAGAGAUCCGGGAGGUCAUCCAGUCCAUCUUGCAGAGUGGGCGUAUCGGCCCCGAUAUUCAGCUCUCCGAAUGCUACGCUUUGCGCCUGAAGCACGUGAAGUCGGACGAGAUCCACUGGCUGCACCCAGACAUGACGGUGGGCGAGGUCCAGGAGAAAUACGAAUGUUUGCACAUCGAAGCCGAAUGGAGGUACGACUUGCAGAUCCGUUACCUUCCCGAAGACUACAUGGAGCGUUUCCUGGAGGAUCGGACGACUCUCCUGUACUUCUACCAGCAGCUCCGGACAGAAUAUAUGCAGCGUUAUGCCAGCAAAGUCAGUGAAGGGAUGGCUCUCCAGCUCGGCUGCCUGGAGCUCAGGAGAUUCUACAAGGACAUGCCCCAGAAUGCCCUGGACAAGAAGUCCAACUUCGAAUUCUUAGAGAAGGAGGUCGGACUGGAUCUCUUCUUCCCCAAACAGAUGCAGGACAACCUGAAGCCGAAACAGUUCCGGAAAAUGAUCCAGCAGACCUUCCAGCAAUAUGCGGCUCUUCGGGAGGAAGAAUGCAUCAUGAAAUUCCUCGGCACCCUCUCCACUUUUGCCGACAUCGACCAGGAAAGCUACCGCUGUGAGCUGAUUCAAGGGUGGAACAUCACAGUGGAUCUGGUGAUCGGCCCCAAAGGCAUCCGGCAAAUGACCAGUAAAGAGUCAAAGCCCACCUGCCUGGCCGAGUUCAAGCAAAUCCGAUCCAUCAAAUGCACACCUGCGGAAGAAGGGAGAGCCAUUUUGCAGCUCAGCCUCACUGGGAACCCUCAGUCCUUGACCAUCAAAACGUACUCCCUGGCCGAGGCAGAGAACAUGGCUGACUUGAUUGACGGCUACUGCAGGUUGCAAGGGGGCUUGGAUGGGUCCCUCAUUGUCCGCCCCAACAGAGAGAACGAAAAGCGGGUCAGCCUGCCUCAGGUCCCAGUCCAGCAUAUAGAAGAGAGGCGAUCAACCCUGAAAGAGAGUUUUAGCGGAGAUUCUGACAUUUACGCUGAGAUUCCUGACGAAGCAUCCAGGCCCAAAUCUGGAGCUCAGCAGUUUGUGAUCUCACGGGAAGACGUCGUUUUGGGCCGAAUCCUGGGGGAAGGCUUCUUCGGAGAGGUCUGUGAAGGUGUUUACACAAAUGAGAAUGGGGAGCGGAUCAGUGUUGCUGUCAAGACCUGCAAGAAGGACUGCACGGCCGAAAACAAGGAGAAGUUCAUGAGCGAAGCAAGUAAGUUUGACCUCUUCUUUCUUUGAGGAGCUAAACAAUAAGCCCUCUGUCUUAUUUUAAAUGGUCUUUCCUCUGAAAAUGGCCCCACUCUGAAAUGAGACCCUUUUCCCUCUCCUUUAGUUCUGAUGAAGAAGAUGGACCACCCCCACAUUGUGAAACUCAUCGGAAUAACAGAAGAGGAGCCCACCUGGAUCGUCAUGGAGCUCUAUCCCUAUGGAGAGUUGGGACACUACCUGGAGCAGAACAAGGCCACCUUGAAGGUGCAGACUCUGGUCCUAUACACCUUGCAGAUCGGGAAAGCCAUGGCUUACCUGGAGGCCAUCAACUGUGUGCACAGGGAUAUUGCGGUCCGGAAUGUCCUGGUGGCUUCUCCCGACUGCGUUAAACUGGGGGAUUUUGGCCUCUCCAGAUACAUCGAAGAUGACGAGUAUUACAAAGCGUCCGUGACUCGCCUCCCCAUCAAGUGGAUGGCUCCGGAGUCGAUCAACUUCCGCCGCUUCACAUCAGCCAGCGAUGUCUGGAUGUUCGCGGUUUGCAUGUGGGAAAUCCUCAGCUUUGGCAAGCAGCCCUUUUUCUGGCUGGAGAACAAGGACGUGAUUGGGGUUUUGGAGAAGGGGGACCGCCUGCCCAAGCCGGACGCUUGCCCUCCGCUCCUCUACGCCCUGAUGACCCGCUGCUGGGAUUACGACCCCAACGACAGGCCAAAGUUCAAGGAGUUGGUCUGCAGCCUCAGCGACAUUUACCAAAUGGAGAAGGAGAUGGCCCAGGAACAAGAGAGGAAUAACCGCCACCGUCCCCCCAAAAUCAUGGAGCCCCCCUCUUUCCAAGACCCUCCUCCAAAGCCCAGCCGACCAAAGUACAAGCCACCGCCACAGACCAACCUUCUCGCCCCCAAACUCCAGUUCCAGGUGCCCGAGGGCCUGUGCGCCAGUUCGCCGACGCUCACCAGCCCCAUUGAGUACCCAUCUCCUGCCAACUCCCUGCACACCCCGCCCCUCAACCGGCACAACGUCUUCAAGCGUCACAGCAUGAGGGAGGAGGACUUCCUGCGCCCCAGCAGCCGCGAGGAAGCGCAGAAGCUGUGGGAGAUGGAGCGGGCCAAGAUGAAGCAGCUGAUUGACAAGCAGCAGAGGCAGAUGGUGGAGGACUAUCAGUGGCUGCGGCAGGAGGACAAAGCCCUGGAUCCCAUGGGUUUUCCAGACAGCGAACCCCCAAAACUUCCUGACAAGGAGUCCGGUUACACUGAGUUUACCGGACCCCCCAAAAAGCCACCCAGGUUUAUGUCGCUGCAGCCAAACCCCACAGCAAACCUGGACCGGACGGAUGACGCCGUCUACAGUAACGUCAUGGAGCUGGUGAAAGCAGUUCUGAAGCUCAAGAACGAAGUCAGCAACCACCCACCUGAACGCUACAUUCUGGCUGUUAAGGACGUGGGCCUUUCUCUUCGGAAACUCGUGGGGAGCGUGGAUGACAUCCUCCCGGCUCUGCCUUCAUCAGCCCGCACCGAGAUUGAAGGGACGGAGAAGCUGCUCAACAAGGACCUUGCGGAGCUGAUCAACAAGAUGCGCCUGGCCCAGCAGAACGCCGUGACCUCGCUGAGCGAAGAGUGCAAGCGCCAGAUGCUGACGGCCUCCCACACGCUGGCGGUGGAUGCCAAGAACCUCCUGGAUGCCGUCGACCAAGCCAAGAUCCGGGCCAACAUGGUGAAGGUCUCUUUUGAGUGACCGGGGAGAAUGUUGGGUCCUUCCUCCCUCCUUUUUUAAAGUAACAGCUCCCUCCAGCUUCCAUAUUACCUUUCCCUCAUCCCGCCCUUCCGCAACACGCUUGUGUCUUCGGUGUCGUCACGUCUGUCUUCUGAGGACCAAGGAAGGGGACUCCAAAGAGAAGAGGAUGUAGGUUGAUUGGGCCAUGGAAGGGACGCCGGUCUUCCUGGGCUUUGGAGAGGAGGCUGCUCUACAAGGCGCUGUUGUGUACAUAAUAGUCCUGGGAUGGGAAGAGACUUAAUCCAGAUUAGUCAGUGGACUCCAAGGACAGCAUCCCGUUGAUGACAUAGGGUCAAUUAUAAUAUAAGUAAGGAGUGGUGGUUUGUUGGACAAUGUACAGUUAUCACGCCCAGUUGAUGAUGGUACAAGUAAAACUGUACAUGGAACACCCUGUAAAUGUGCAUUGCAUCUGUGUGUUGCCUUUGCAAUUUCACAUUGGAAUUUUGGCCUUGCGCAUUGACUAUGUUUGGAGUUGGGCAUGUGGAAUGGACCUCCAACUGAAGCUCUGAAGGACCUCAACCUAAGCCAGGUCCAGUAAUCCCAUCAAAGGAAAGGACUUUGUUCCUCCAUCCUUCAAAGAUCCCUCUGAGCAUCAAGAAGUAUGCUUUGUCUCAGUGAUGAAAGAGAUUUAUGGGAUGGCUGGGUUGGCUUGUGGACAUCUCCCAUUACUACUGUUCUCAGGAUUGCUCAGGGGAUCACUCCAGAAGUGCUUCAUUGGCAGGUCCAUAGAUUGCUCAAGGGAUUGCUUUGGAAAUAGCUCCAGGAUUGCUCUGUUAUUGCUCCAGGGAUUGCUUUUGAGAUAUCUUCAUGGAGUUCUCCAUGGAGUGGUCCAUGGAUCGCUCCAAAACUACUUCAGGGAUUGCUCCAGAAUUGUUCCAGGGAUCGCUCUAUAAUUCUCCAAGAAUUGCUCCAGAGUUUGUUCCAGGGAUUGCUCCAGAACUCUUCCAGGGAUUGCUCUGCAAGUCUCCAAGGAUUGUUCCAGAUUUGCUCCGGGAAUCAUUCUUGGGAUGCCCCCAAAGGUCUUGCACUGGGAGAAUAGGUUGCGAGGCCAUUUCUGUGCCACUGGCGUUUGGAAGCAUUUAAAUGGGGACACUGGCUCAUCGGAGAAGAAACAGUCUGUGUCUUCUUUGUAAAUUGUAUAGAAGCAUUUAUUUAAUCGCUAUAGGUCUGAACUGAACUGCACAACUAUAAAUCCUGACUUCUCCUCCACCUUUCCCUGAACGUGGGAUUAAGUUUGACAAGGGCUCUCUCUCCAUGGAUGCCGGGGAUCCAAAGGUUUCCAAACCUUCCUUGGGAGGUUUAUUCCAUUGCAACAAAAAACCCACAAGAGUCUUACGAGAUUUGCAAGACAAUCAGAUUUUCACAUAAUGGAAUCCUGCACAUCAAAUCUGAUAGUUUGGAAUGUAUCCCCCCCUCCCACCAAUAUCUCAAAAUUGCCAUUUCAAGUGCAAAGGACAUUGAACUGUUGGGGAGGAAAAUCUACGCACCUCUACCAAUUCCCCCACAAACAUGUUGACCAUGUAAUUUGUACCACGAAAGUUGUUGAAACUUUGCAACAGAAUUCUGCUUUCAGAUACUAGCCUUGAAAUUAAUCAUGUCUCCCAAUUUCAGCUUCAAAAUGUUGCUACUGAAACUGAGGUCUGACUGAAACAACCCAGGGUUUGAAGGAUUAGAAGCCAUGUGAAUCCCAAUGUCUUGAAUGCGGGUCUCUUCCCUAUACCCUUUGGAAAUCUUUCUAUCUAUCUAUCUAUCUAUCUAUCUAUCUAUCUAUCUAUCUAUCUAUCUAUCAUCUCUCUCUCUUUC